UGGAAGGCAAAGGCUGUGCAGCUCGAGCUGCAACAGCUGGGAUCAGGGAUGGCUCCGUGGGGAUCGGCGGUGGCGGCCGGGGUCUCCCCGGCUCCCCCGAUGCGGGGCGCGGUGGCCGCCCAGGGGAACCAUUCCGACCUCGGAAAUCAAGAUUUUCCUAAUAUUUUGGCAAGCCAUGGUUUAGAAAGUACGACGACGCAUGCUGUCGGUGAUCGCACAGGAAGUGGUGUGCAUCCAGAAUAUCUUGCUUAUGGGUUGGUUCCUGUCUUUUUCAUCAUGGGCCUUUUGGGGAUCCUCAUCUGUCACGUGCUUCAGAAAAAAGGGUAUCGGUGUACAACAGAGGCCGGGCAAGAAAUUGAAGAGGAAAAACUUCAAGAAAAGAUAGAAAUGAAUGAAAGUGUAAAUGACAAUAAUGAUACUGUGGGGCGAAUCGUCAACAUCAUUAUGAAAAAUGAAGCAAAUGCUGAUAUGUUAAAGGCCAUGGUGGCAGAUAACAGUGUGUGUGAUCCUGAAAGCCCUGUGUCUCCUACCACUCCAGGCAGUCCUACAAGUCCAGGCUCUCCUUUGUCACCAGGUGAUACUCCAUCAAAACAUAACUGUCAUGGCCAUCACUUGCAUACAGUUGGGGGAGUAGUAGAGAAGGAUGUUUGUAGUCGCUGUAGUCACAAAAGAUGGCACCUUUUAAAGCCAACCAACAAAUCUAAAGAACCUAAAAAAAGCCGACAAGGAGAAGUUACAGUACUUUCUGUGGGAAGAUUUAGAGUCACAAAAGCAGAGCACAAAUCUACAUCCAAAGAGCGGAAAAGCUUGAUGUCUGUUAAUGGUGUUGAAAGUGUCAAUGGAGAAGUGCCUGCCACACCUGUCAGACAAGGAGCAAGAGGGAGAACUAGCACAGAAUAA